CUGGUCCUGGGCAGAGUGUAGAAUACAACUAGUACGAGAGCAGAACUACGACAAUGAUGUCCUCCGUACCAGAAUCGGGAGCCACAGCUGGCGGCAGUUGUAGUAGCUCACAAAAAAGAGUUGUGCCAUCUACUUCUUCUACUCUUCCAAUGCGAGAAGAAAAAAUUGGACGAGGGCGAGUAGGACCAUGCCCGCACUUGCGCUUGAUUUCGUUUCGAGAAGAGCCUCAGAUCAAAGUGGAAGUUGAGAGGAGCAAUCGAUGCGUCAUCUGCGCACGUUUUUUCGAAGAAGCGCUGUUGUUAAUGGAGAAUGACGAGAUUGCAAGCGCUUGGUUGACAUCUGACAGUGAAUUUUUGCAAAAAGGACCACAUAUUCAAACAGAAGGUUAUAGAGGAGAAUUUGAAGGCGAAAGAGAGGGAUUGCAUGUCAUUGAGCAACUGGCCCGUGCCUGGGUGGAAGAGGAACGAGAAGAAGCAGCUGAAAAUGCCUCUGGGCAUGUUCACUGA